GUUCAUACAGCCUUGUGCAAUCCCACUGGGCAGGCCAUGUUGUGACCCUUAGUGCUCCCUGAGGACUCCAGCUGUGGAAAAGCACAGGACUUGCACAGAAAGAAGAGUUGUCAAAGGCAGUUAGCUUCAGUUAGAAUCUCGUUUGUCAUAAUGAGAUUAACUUUAAUACUUUUGUUUCUUCAGCUGUGGGGCAACGUGCAAGUUUCUUUAUCACAGGAUGUAAAGCCAUGUGGACUUCCUGAUGAUACUCCCAAUGGAUAUUAUCAGAUUAUCCAUGGAGAAGGCUUUGUUGUUGGAACAACUAUCAAAUACUUUUGUAAUGAAGGGUAUCACAUGGUGAGUAUGCAUGACACCAGGACUUGUUUUCUGGGCAAAUGGACCAAUCAGGUGCCAGUAUGUGGUGUAAAGGCAUGUCAGCUUCCUGAGGACACUCCCAAUGGGUAUUAUCAAAUUAUCCACGGAGAAGGCUUUGUUGCUGGAACAACUAUCAAAUACUUUUGUAAUGAAGGGUAUCAAAUGCUGAGCACACAUGACACCAGGACUUGUUCUUUGGGCAACUGGACCAAUCAUGUGCCAGUAUGUGAUUACAUCACUUGUAAAGUCGAAGUGAUACAUACUCAUCUCAAUGUAAUUGGACUGCCACCAGCAAAUGAAACAAUGAAGACUGGACAUAGGUUACAGUUUCAGUGCAAUGAACAAUAUGUUUGGGAAGGGUCAGACGAAAUUGAAUGUUUACAAAUUCAAUGCACAAUUUCCAUCUUGUUCUGGUAUGCUCACUUUAUUUUACCUGCAUUUUUAUUUAAAUAUUUGUGUGGUUCCUUCCCAACAUGCGGAGCUCCUGCGAACUGUGGGAGACCACCAUACCUUCCUGAUGGAGAUAUUGAGGGUACUUCUAAAUUCGUGUACGCACAUGGCGAAAGCGUUAAAUACAUCUGUCAAAAUCUCUACGAGAUGGCUGGUGAGCCUUACAAAAUCUGCCACAAUGGUCAAUGGACUGGAAAGAUAAGAUGCCUCAAACCCUGCACUGUGAAUGAAGAACUCAUGAGAAAUCAUAAUAUUGAAUUCAAGUAUAGUCAUGAGACUAAGCUGUAUGCACCCCAUAAUGACAGACUGCAGUUCCAGUGUGUCGGAAGAACAAGACACGAUGGCAGAGUGAGCAUGCUUCAGAGUUGUCUCGAUGGUGUGAUUAACCUGCCCACUUGCCAUUCAAUAAAAUGUUCAGUACCAGAUAUUGAAAAUGGUCGUGUUAUUGGAGAGAUGCGUGACUACAACGAACAUGAAGUCCUGUAUUAUGAGUGCAAUAAGAAGUAUACACAAAUAAUAUGUGACAGACUGGAAAUCCCAAACGCAGAUAUUUCCUACCCUAACAAAAUGAAAUACAAAACCAAUGAACAGGUCAACUAUGUCUGCAACGAAGGUUACAAGGGAAAUCCCACACGAAUCUGUGGGGAAAAUGGUUGGGUUGGCAAUUCACAAUGCACAGGAGCUGUCGGUUGUGGGCCACCACCAUUCCUUGCAGAUGGAGACGUGAAGUACGAAACAAAAAGUCAAUACAGCCAUAACGAAAGGGCUGAAUACAUGUGUCAGAUGUACUACACCAUGGAGGGAGAGCCUUACACCACCUGCAUCAAUGGCACAUGGACUGGACUGAUGAGAUGCCUCAAACCCUGUGUUGUGAAUGAAGACGACAUCCGACAGCAUAAUAUUUCUUUAAAAUCUAGUAACAAUAAAUUUUUCACUCAUGAUGAGCUGGUCGAGUUCAGGUGUGCCAGAGGAACACCUGUUGGUGCAGUGGCAAUGCGGAGUAUUUGGGCGUGUUUGAUAGAAGAGAAUGUUUGGCAAAGCUUUUGUCACAGUUUGACCACAAAUUUGGGAAAUUCCACUCUUGGAAAAAGUAUAAUUAACAAGGCUGAACUGAACAUCGGCUCAGAAGCUGAUUCAGUGUGGAGAGUAACUCCUGACAGCAGCUCUCAGACCAUCAAUAUGAGAUUCUCCCCACUUGUUAACCUCUUUGUCCUGUGGCAGAAUGUGGACCUUUCAUUGUCGCAGAAUGAGCCUGCUGGCUGUGAGAAUCCACCACCUCUUAUCAAUGGAGACAUCAAGUACAGCAUGAAAAGUCAGUACAGCCAUAAUGAAAGCGUUGAAUACACAUGUCAGUCGUACCACAUCAUGCAGGGAGAGCCUUACAGGACCUGCAUCAACGGCAAAUGGAUUGGACAGCUGAGAUGCCUCAAGCCCUGCACUGUGAAUGACCAUGACAUGAGGCAGCGUAAUAUUGAAUUCAAAUAUAACAAUAACAGAAAGAUGUACGCCACCCAUGAUGAUUCAAUCGAGUUCCAGUGCGCCAAAAGAACAUCUGACAGGCCACUGCGUCAGAAGUGUAACGAUGGCGUGAUUCUCCUGCCCUCGUGCCACUGAGCUUCAGUUAAAUUAAAAAGAUUUACACAAUAUAAAAAGAUACUUCGAUUAACAGGACUGCUGAUAUACUGAAGUACAUUACACAGUGAUGAACAGACUGAGCACUUUAUGAAUGCUGAUGGAAAAUCUGACCGCUUCAGUUCACAGAAAGCUCAACUAAUGGAUGGAUUACCGCCAAAAGAAUCCGACUAUUUUUGGCGAUUGUUUGACUUUUCAGCUCAUUCCACUCGCAGCACAAGGUUAUCCCUUGUCCAAUGAAACGUCACGACAUCAACAGGAUGGACUGGUACAUUAAGCGUUGGUAGUUUUGAAUGAAUAAUAAAGAGGAACCAACAAAUUCUA